AUCAUCAGCGGCAUCAUCAUCAGCAACAUCAUCAGCGCCAUCAUCUCGAUCUGUGGAUAUCUUCUUGGACAGCAGCGGUGGAGUGAUCAACGAACGCGAGAGAGAGACACUCUACCUGCACCAGUCAUGGACACGGUGUCUGGCUUGGUCAGCCAAUCGCCAGCAACCCCUCGAGACCCCGCAGUGUUGGUGCGGAGCCGCAAGCGAACGGCCAUGGCCGCCGUGGCCGCGUUGGCGAUGCUGUCCCUGCUCAUCGUGAGCACGGGGCUAGGGGCAGCUACACGUACAGACAACGUGGCUGUGGGAGGGUACUACCCUGGCCUCGUGAUGGGGUUCGGCUCAUUCCUCGCUAUCAUCGGGAUCAAUCUCAACGCUAACAAGCGACCGAUGCUGGUCGCGGCCAUCAUCUUCAUCAGCUUCGGGGUGGCCGCAGCCUUCUCCUGCGCCGUGGUGGACGGCGUCUUCGCCGCCCGGCACAUCGACCCAAGCCCCGUGCUUGCUGGCCGGUGCCUCUACUUCCCUGGGGAUGGUAAAUACUCGUACGAGGAUUACAACACCGAGGUACAGUGCCCCGGUGCGGCAGGCUUCUGUGGCCUCAUGGUGGCCAGCCGCACGUGCUACUGCUGUGAACUCUACAGCUGCGGAAGUGAGAGCAGGCCGAGCGGGAUAGGCGCCUACCACGUGUUCACAGGCGUCUCCGACUGCCGGGAAGUCGUCCACCUCUACAGGCUGCUCUGGACGACCACCAGCCUCAACGUGCUGGGACUCAUGUUGGGCAUCGUCACUGCAGCCAUCCUGGGGGACUUCAAAGAGACACUGCGAAGCCCAACUCAGGCUUUUGCUCAGCCCAGCUUCCAGCCGUCGGGAACCAACGGGCAGCAGCCGCAGCAAGUGAUCACCUACACCAGCUACUGCACCUACCCAGCCCUCGCCCUGUCGGGCUCCUCCGGGGGCUACCCAGCCGCCAGUGCUCCACCCGUCGGGUUGGACGACCACCACCACCAGCAGCAGCAGCACCCCCAGCAGCAGCAGCAGCAGCAGCCUCCUCCCGUGGACCUCCAGAACAUCGCUCCCUCCCUACUGCCCAACACGCCACCCCUGUACACGCCAAUGUACUUCCCGGCCAGCGAGAAGCCUCCAGCCUACAUCCCGUGACGGGUCUCGCGACACUGAGGGAGGGGCGAUCAUCGGUAGCAGCAGUAGCGGCAUCAUCAUCAGCAGCAGCAGCAUCAGCAGCAUGAUCAGCAGCUGUAGCAGCAUUAACAUGGUCAUCAUGAUCAUCACCAGCAGCAUCGUCAUCAUCAUCAGCAGCAGUAGCGGGAAUCAUCAUCAUCAUCAUCAGCAUCAUCAGCAGUAGCGUCAUCAUCAGCAUCAUCAUCAUCAGCAGCAUGAUCAGCCGCUGUAGCAGCAUUAACAUGGUCAUCAUGAUCAUCACCAGCAGCACGGUCAUCAUCAUCAGCAGCAGCAGUGGGAUCAUCAUCAUCAUCAGCAGCAGUAGC